CGCCAGUCUCGGGUCCGCUCUAGGCCUCUCCCGGACAUCUCUCUGUGGUGGCGCUGAGCCUCUCUAGCUCGCUCUUGCCGUCCUCUCAGUGGUAGCGCAGGGAAAGACUGGGAAGCCGGCUGGCGAGCGUGGCCUGCAAGGACGCGGAUCCUGCCCCGCCGGGCGGAGGCGACCUCAAGCUAAGGGUGAUCAGCCCAUGACCUAGACCUCUAGACAAAAUAAAGCAGGGAAAAUUUGCUAGAAUCAAGAAUGAUGGAUCCAUGUUCAGUUGGAGUCCAGCUUCGUACUACAAAUGAGUGCCAUAAAACAUACUAUACUCGUCACACAGGUUUUAAGACUUUGCAAGAAUUGUCAUCAAAUGAUAUGCUUUUACUUCAACUUAGAACUGGAAUGACACUUUCUGGGAACAAUACAAUUUGCUUUCAUCAUGUAAAAAUUUACAUUGACAGAUUUGAGGAUUUACAGAAGUCAUGUUGUGACCCAUUUAACAUACACAAAAAACUAGCAAAAAAGAAUUUGCAUGUAAUUGACUUAGAUGAUGCCACUUUUCUGAGUGCAAAAUUCGGAAGACAACUUGUACCUGGUUGGAAGCUUUGUCCAAAAUGCACACAGAUAAUCAACGGAAGUGUGGAUGUUGAUACUGAAGACCGCCAGAGAAGGAAACCUGAGUCAGAUGUAUGUAUAGCAGUUAUUUUUUCUACUAAAAAUUACAUAUUUAUGAGAUGUAAUUCAUUGUGUUUUAUUUACAGACAGGUGAUACCAGCGAAGAGUAAGGUCUAUGAUAGCCAGGGGCUCCUCAUUUUUAGUGGGAUGGACCUCUGUGACUGCCUCGAUGAAGAUUGCUUAGGAUGUUUCUAUGCUUGUCCUGCCUGUGGUUCUACCAAAUGUGGAGCUGAAUGCCGCUGUGACCGCAAGUGGCUGUAUGAGCAAAUUGAAAUUGAAGGAGGAGAAAUAAUUCAUAAUAAACAUGCUGGAUAACCUGCGAUAUCAAACUA